UUGACAGCCGCCAAUCUCCGAGAAACGCCAUAAAAGAGAAUGAUUACGCGAGUUUUCCAUUCGGCAAAAAAUACAUUUUCCCUGGUUAUAAGACGAGGGAUGGCCUCGGCUAAAGCCAUUGAGGAUAAGAUUCAAGUUGACGAUGUGAAAAUCAAUUAUGUGAAGGUGGGAAGUGGCGAGAGGGCUGUUCUUCUGUUGCCAGGAGCUUUGGGAUCCGCAAAGACAGACUUUGGCCCCCAAAUUGAAAAGCUCCCGGACAUUCUGCCCAAUUUUACACUCAUUGGAUGGGAUCCUCCUGGCUAUGGCAAGUCUAUUCCUCCCCGGAGGCAAUUCCCUCUUGAUUUCUUCUACAAGGAUGCCAGAUAUGCCCACAAAUUGAUGGAGAAUUUGUCCUUCAAAAAAUACUCAAUUCUGGGAUGGAGUGAUGGUGGAAUUACUGGGAUGAUUCAGGCAGCUGAGUUCCCAAAUGCAGUGGAAAAUCUUGCAAUUUGGGGCUCUAAUGCAUACAUCGCCCCGAAGGAGAUAGAAAUCUAUGAAAGCAUUCGGGAUGUCAGCAAAUGGUCAGAGAGGAUGAGGAAGCCAAUGGAAGAAGUGUAUGGAGUGGAAGAUUUUCCCAAACUCUGGGGCGAAUGGAUAGAUGCCCUUAUGAGAAUUUACAAGGAAAAGGAUGGUAAUCUAUGCAAACAUCUUCUGAAGAGCAUUUCCUGCCCAACACUCAUUCUCCAUGAGCAGAAAGAUCCAAUGAUUGUGCCUGAACAUGUCCCCUAUCUCUUGGAUAACAUCAAGGGGGCUCGUCUGCAUACCUUCCCCGAUGGCAAGCACAACAUUCACUUGCGCUAUGCUGAGGAUUUUAACAAGGAAGUUGCUAAUUUCCUGACCCAAUCAGCCAAGUUGUGAACUUGAACUUUGAAGCUUUUUUUGCAGUCAAAAAUAAAGUAUACUCCGAAAGUUCCGGAAAAAA